UCUUUCAUUAUCAUUAUCUAUGAGAGAGAAAGAGGUAUAAAUGUGCUGAUACUAUUUAAUUUCUUUGGGGGGUGGCCUUAUAUAAAGCUACUAAAGGAUGUUAUGUCUUUGCUUCUCUUAUAAAUCAUAGGAGAAAAUAUUAAGAGAGAGAGAGAGAAAAAAAGACCACACUUCUUUCAAGUGCCAAAGGAAAAAGCAAGAAAGUUGUGUGAUAUUGUAAUGGAAGAACAACUUAGCUCUUUAGCAGUUACUCAUCUUCUUCAACACUCUCUAAGGAGUUUGUGUAUUCAUGAAAACUCUCAAUGGGUUUAUGCUGUAUUUUGGAGAAUCUUGCCCAGAAACUACCCUCCUCCCAAAUGGGAUAGCCAAGGAGGAGCAUAUGAUAGGUCAAGAGGGAAUAGAAGGAACUGGAUCUUGGUAUGGGAAGAUGGUUUUUGCAAUUUUGCAGCAUCAACGGCUGAGAUGAAUGCCAGUGAAUGUCCAGGAUCUUCUGCUAAUUAUGGAGAAUAUCAACAUUAUCAAGGGCUUCAACCUGAGCUCUUUUUCAAAAUGUCACAUGAAAUUUACAACUAUGGAGAAGGUAUAAUUGGAAAAGUAGCAGCAGAUCACAGUCAUAAAUGGAUCUACAAAGAACCUAAUGAACAAGAAAUCAACUUCUUGUCUGCAUGGCACAACUCUGCUGAUUCUCAUCCUAGAACUUGGGAAGCUCAGUUCCAUUCUGGUAUAAAGACUAUAGCUUUGAUUGCUGUUAGAGAAGGUGUCAUUCAGUUGGGAGCUGUUCAUAAGGUUAUUGAAGACCUGAGCUAUGUGGUGUUGUUAAGAAAGAAGUUUAGUUACAUUGAAAGCAUUCCAGGAGUAUUAUUGCCACAUCCAUCUUCAUCAGCAUAUCCUUUCAAGGUGGAUGGGUACGGAGUGCCACCGGACGCGUGGCAUUUCCAAGCUAAUUUAGCAGCAGCAGCUCCAGCACCAGCCGAAUUGUACGAACAUUUCAAUCAACAUCAACACGUGAAGAUCACGCCAUCAAUGAGCAGCUUGGAAGCGCUUCUUUCCAAGCUGCCCUCCGUUGUUCCAGCAGAUGCUGCUGGAAUGACGGGUCCAACACCCGCCUAUUAUGAGUACCAACCCCAAUAUAGGUCUAGUGUUGAAAUGUUGGGGUUGGAGAAAGUGACAAAAGAGGAAUAUGAUGAAGAGGAGGAGAACGAUAAUGAAGAAAAAAAUAGGAAUAAUCAUACUAGUAAUGAGAAAUUAGAUCAUCAUGGUGGAGAGAGUAGUGGUUCAAUGUCAUCUUAUAGUCAUCACCAUUAUCAUCAACAACAACAUUAUGGUUAUCAUCAUGAUUUGAAUGUAAGUAGCAGCAUGCCCAAUAAUGGAUAUUAGAGGUUAUGAUGGUAAUUAAGGGUAUUGUUUGGUAUGUACUAUUUAGAUUGUAUUAGGAUUCUCCACAGCUAACAAAGUAAUUGUAGUUUCUUGCUUUCUUGUUUCA